AAAGCCUUUCUUGUUCAAUUUUCAUGCCCUAUUGAAUAGUCAACUAGUUCUACUUUACAUUUUUGGUUGUUUUAUACGUAAAGGAGCAUUAUUAGACGCCAACAAGUCCUAAAUAGCUUUCUCAAGAAGCAAAAAGACACAAGACGGAAUUCUCAAGUUUCAGUGAAUGGAUAUUUGCCCAUUUAAAAAAAAACGUUCCUUGAAAAUCCGAUAACCAUGGACACAAUGGCAAAGCAAGAAUGUGGAAAUCAGCCAAACAGCGAUAGGUGGCAAAUCCAAGCGAAUAACAGAUUAAUGGCCCUCGAGGCGCAGGCCAUCGAGCGCGAGCGUUACCUAAAUCUUCUCCGUAAAGAAUGCGGCAAGCCAAAACCACAUUCGCUGCAAAGUACCAGACCUGAAAUCAGGGAAUUCAAAUUAAAUCGGUCCCAGAACAGCUAUACAGCGACACUUGCGAAUGGAAAAAUAUCCCUAGGUUCUAAUCCAAAGGAAAGAGUGGAGGACAUUAUUCUGGCUCUUGAGCGAAUUCUCAUUUUUACGUGUAAACCAUCCGGCAAAAACCGAAAAGCAAGGCAUAUUGCAAUAAAGAGCACCCUGGAUCAACCGAAACGCAAAUCAACAGAUUUUGUUGUCAAAUGUGUCCGACACCGUCGCCACAAUAGCUCCGUGUUUCUGCGGGAUGACUAUGCCGAGCAGUUCAGAAAGAGGGCUUUGCAAAAGAGCAAGAAACUAAAAAUACAUUUUGCAGAAGCCCUUUCCAACGCUAAAAGAGCCGAGGAUGAACGCCGAGCACUCGAACAGGAUAUGCGCAGGAAGUUUAAGAACUGCGGACUUAUCCCUGAGUCGAUUGUCACAAUCGAGGAUAAGUCGGAAGAAAAUAAGGUGUUUGCUCAGCUGACCAAACCCAUCACCAUCAGCGAGAAAAUCAGUGAGAACAAAUCAGACGAAAACGAACCAGGGGAGUUCGACCUACCAAACGAAGAAUUCCUAAAUCAUUCCGAGGCCAUCAUCAUCAGCGAGGAUGAGUUGGAGGAAAAUGAGGAGUUCGUGCAGCUGACCAAGGAGCAUCUGAAUCGUUUCGUUGAAUUAGAAGAGGGCCAUCCUGAGCAAGUGGUUGUUACUAAGUUCAAACUGGACGUCCACCUCAGCGACAUUAAAAUCCUCAUUGGUGAUAGAUGGCUCAACGACGUAAUAAUCAACUUCUACAUGAACCUGAUGAUCGAACGCUCGGAGAAGAGAUCUGGCCAGCUGCCCAGUGUGUACUCCAUGAACACUUUCUUUAUGCCACGUCUGCUACAGAGUGGAUACGCGGGCGUAAAACGCUGGACCCGGAGGGUCGAUAUUUUUAAGAAGGACAUCAUACUGAUACCUGUCCACUGCAGCAGCGUACACUGGACCAUGGCCAUAAUCGAUAUGCGUAGAAAGACGAUACUAUACUAUGAUUCGAAGGGCGGAGCCAACCAGAACUUGCUGGGCGCCGUGGAGAAAUACCUGUGGGAGGAAUCGCUGGAUAAGCGCAAGCAGCCUUUCGACACCAGCACUUUUCGCAUCGAGAAAGCUCGAAACGUACCCCAUCAGAAAAACAACACCGACUGCGGCGUUUUUAGCUGUAUGUUUGCUGAAUACGUUACGCGAAAUGCCCCAAUCACCUUUUCCCAGGACAACAUGGUCUACUUCCGCAAAAAGAUAGCCUUAGAGAUCAUCGACGGCGAGCUGUGGAAUUAGGCGUUCCGGUUUGUUGAGACGAAUGAAUUUUUAAUGAGAUAGAAAAACUAUAUUUUUAAUAAAGCUACGCAUACGACUCAUCUUCUUUUAUAUUGUAAACGUA